AUGCCGGAGCUUUCUGUCUUCCCCCACCAGGGCCAGAACGCAAACAGUAAGCGGCCCGGCCGCAUUCGGCGCGCCACUAGCCCCAUGCGAACAGGCCCUUUCGCCAAAGCCGCCCGGAUCCCUGUUUUCCGAAGCGAAGGAGGAAACUGGCGGGGGUUGAAAUCCUCCGCACCAGAAGAGGGUGAAUAUUUCCUCAAGGUCCUGAUCCCCAGCUAUGCGGCCGGCUCCAUCAUCGGGAAAGGGGGACAGACCAUUGUCCAGCUGCAGAAAGAGACGGGUGCCACCAUCAAGCUCUCCAAGUCUAAGGACUUCUACCCAGGCACCACAGAGCGGGUGUGCCUCGUGCAGGGCACAGCCGAGGCCCUCAACGCCGUCCACAACUUCAUCUCAGAGAAGGUGCGCGAGAUCCCCCAGUCCGUGGUGAAGCCCGAGUCCGUCAACAUCCUGCAGCCGCAGACCACCAUGAACCCAGACCGUGCCAAGCAGGCCAAGCUGAUUGUCCCCAACAGCACAGCUGGGCUGAUCAUCGGCAAAGGGGGCGCCACGGUGAAGGCCAUCAUGGAGCAGUCGGGGGCCUGGGUGCAGCUGAGCCAGAAGCCGGAGGGCAUCAACCUGCAGGAGCGGGUGGUGACGGUCAGCGGAGAGCCCGAGCAGAUCCGCAGGGCGGUGGACAUCAUAGUGCAGAAAAUCCAGGAGGAUCCGCAGAGUAGCAGCUGCCUGAACAUCAGCUACGCCAACAUCACUGGCCCUGUGGCCAACUCUAAUCCCACCGGCUCACCCUACGCCAACUCCACGGACGUGCUGCCGGCUGCUGCUGCUGCCGCCACCGCCUCGGGCCUGCUGGGACACACCAGCCUGGCCAGCGUCGGGGCCUUCCCAGCAGCCCUGCCGGGCUUCUCUGGCAGCGACCUCCUGGCCAUCAGCACGGCCCUCAACACCUUGGCCAGUUAUGGAUACAACACCAACUCGCUGGGGCUAGGGCUCAAUUCUGCUGCUGCCUCUGGCGUGCUGGCCGCCGUGGCGGCUGGAGCCAAUCCUGCCGCAGCUGCUGCCGCCAACCUCCUGGCCUCCUAUGCCAGUGAUGCCUCCGCCAGCACCAGCACGCCAGCUGGCGCUGUGGGUGCCUUCACUCUGGGCUCCCUGGCGGCGGCCACCGGCGCAGCCAACGGCUACCUGGGCACAGCCUCGCCGCUGGUGGCCAGCUCCUUCCUGGCCACGGAGAAGUUAGUGGAGAGUGCCAAGGAUAUGGUGGAGAUCGCGGUGCCAGAGAAUCUGGUGGGGGCCAUCUUGGGCAAAGGGGGCAAGACGCUGGUGGAAUAUCAGGAGCUGACGGGCGCCCGGAUCCAGAUCUCCAAAAAGGGAGAGUUUAUCCCUGGCACCAGGAACCGUAAAGUCACCAUCACCGGCACGCCGGCAGCCACGCAGGCCGCCCAGUACCUCAUCAGCCAGCGAGUGACGUACGAGCAGGGGGUGCGAGCCACCAACCCGCAGAAAGUAGGGUAGGGCCGGAGGGAGUCACCAAAGGGAGAAAUCCAUUUUAAAAGUCAAACAAACAAAAAACCAGGCCCCCUCCCCCACCCUGUCCAUUCCCUGCACGCCCCCAGACAUGCAUCCCCUCCAAUAGGGAGGGGUUCCCCCCAAUCUAAUGACCAGCUCUGAUCCAGACGCGAUCUCCGGAUCGGCCCGCGGACCUUGCCGUGCGUUCUGUCUGAUAUGUAUAUAUUGCACUUCUUUUUUUUUUAAUAGAAAAAGAAAAUGGGUCAAAUUUUCUCUUUAUUUCCUUUCUUUCUGGCCCCCUCCCCCCAGCCAGACCUCCCCCACCCCCUGCUCUCUCUAUUCAGGGAGCAGAUCGCACUUUGGGGAGUGGAUCCAUUUAAGACUGGGGGGGAAUUGGAUUUUGAUCCAUAAUUGGGGGAGGGGUGAUUGGCGCUGAUCUGGACCUAUGUUGAGACGACGGGGGGUCUGGAACGGGGUCUUGGCAAGAGCCACAGCUGCCGUAAAUCCCCCACAUGCCCCCUCUGUAGCUGGGUCUUAUUGAACUUCAGCUGCGACGUGGCAUUUCACUGAUGCGUUUUAUUUUUGGCAUGUAGAUAGUCAAAUUGUGUUGAACUCGGGGCGGGA